AGCCGCGGAAGCCGGGUCAUGGCAGCGCCGGAAGAGGCGCGCGGCGGCCGGGCCGGCUGGGAGGCAGGCCGGGAGGCGGCCGGUUUGAGCGGCGCCCGGCGGCGGCCGCGCGGCGCCGCCGCCAUGUUCCGCUGCGGAGAGGAGAUUGUAAGUGGGGAGAGCGAGGAGGAGAGUAACGGUGUCAACUUGAUGGAGUUCUCUGAUGAGAUCCUCCUGCACAUCCUGAGCUACGUCCCUUGCACAGACCUUGUCCUGAACGUCAGGAGAACCUGCAGGAAACUCGCCACGCUCUGCCUGGACAAGAGCCUAACCCACACCGUUUUACUGCAGAAAGACUAUAAGGUAAACAAAGACAAAGUGAAGCAGCUGAUGAGGGAUAUUGGAAAAGAGAUUUACCAGCUGAACAUGGCCGGGUGCUACUGGCUGCCCAGCUCCUCUAUUGAUCAUAUAACGCGGUGCAAGAACCUGGUGAAGCUGAACUUGUCUGGGUGCCACAUCACCUCUCUGCACCUCUCCAAGACGCUGUCCACGCUGCAGCAGCUGCGCUCCCUGGCAAUAGACGUCAAUCCUGGUUUCGAUGCCAGCCAGCUGAGCAGCGAGUGUAAAGCCACUCUGAGCCGCGUCUUGGAGCUCAAGCAAACCCUUUACACUCCGUCCUACGGCGUCGUUCCGUGCUGCACCAGCCUUGAGAAACUGCUGCUGUAUUUUGAGAUUCUUGACCACUCGCGGGAAGGUUUUAUGCUUUCUGGACAGCUAAUGGUAGGUGAGAGCAAUGUCCCUCAUUACCAGAAUCUUCGUGUCUUCUACGCUAGGCUGGCUCCUGGCUAUGUUAAUCAGGAGGUGGUGAGGCUGUACUUGGCCGUGCUGAGCGAUCGGACGCCCGAGAACCUUCAUGCCUUCCUCAUUUCUGCUCCUGGCAGUUUUGCAGAAACGGGAGCCACUAAAAACCUUCUGGACUCAAUGGCUCGAAAUGUACGUCUGGAUGCUUUGCAAUUGCCCAAAGCUUGGAUUAACGGCUCUGGCCUCCUGCAACACUUGAAGUUCAACAACCCUUUCUACUUCAGCUUUAGCCGGUGCACCUUGUCGGGUGGUCAGUUGAUCCAGAGGGUCAUGAAUGGUGGGAAGGAUCUUAAGAGCCUGACCAGUUUGAAUCUCAGUGGCUGUAUUCAUUGUCUGGCUCCGGAAUCCUUGUUUCGGAAAGCAGAAGAUGACAUAGACAGUAGCAUUCUGGAAAGUCUAGUAGUGUCCUGUUGCAACCUGAGGCACCUCAACCUCUCUGCAGCUCAUCAUCACAGCUCAAAAAACAUAGGGAAUCAUUUGUGCCAGCUGCUGGCCAGACUAAAGCACCUGCUUUCGUUAGCACUGCCAGUCUGCUCCAUAACAGAUGUUGCUGCAAACAUGGAAAAGCCUCCCAUGCAGUCUAAUGUGAUGCCCCAAACGUUAGGAAAGAAAGUCCGGAUUGGGAUACAGACGUACUCAAACCAGAAGCCACAUUCUUCAGUGUUCUGGACUUUGAUGGGAAGCCUUCCGUUUUUGGAAAACUUGGAAAUAAUCGGGUCCAGUUUUUCCUCUGCCAUGCCCCGCAACGAGCCAGCAAUUCGGAACUCGCUUCCCCCUUGCAUCCGGGCCCAGAGCGUGGGCGAUGCCGAGGUAGCUGCCAUCGGCCAGGUGACUUACCUGCAAAGCCUCACCUUAGCCCAGCUGCCAAAUAUCCUUACUGGCUCCGGACUCGUUAGCAUUGGGUUGCAGUGCCAGCAUCUGCGGACUCUUUCGCUGGCCAACCUGGGCAUGAUGGGGAACGUGGUCUAUAUGUCUGCUCUCAUGGACAUGCUGAAACACUGCAAGUGUUUGAGAGAUCUGAGGCUAGAGCAGCCCUACUUCAGCGCCGGCGCCCAGUUCUUCCAGGCCCUGAGUCACUGCUCCUCUCUCCAGCGCCUCUGCAUCGUCUCCCGGAGCGGCACCCUGCAGUCUGACGCAGUGAUGUCAUUCAUGGCCAACUGCCUUGAGGUCAUCAUGUGCCACAUGUUUAUGGGAGAGUCUCUUACCGUUUGCAAAAAUCUCCAGCAGUCUCUUGUCCGGAGUUUCCAGGCAGACCGCCCUGCAUUAAACGUCGUCAUCUUCCCCCUCCUUCACGAGGACUUGACAGAGGUCAUCAGAGACGUCCCCAUGAGGCACUUGGAUGAAAUCACCUUGUUUAAAAGCAGAGUGGCCGAGGAGCCUCCCAACCUGUGGUGGUGACGGUCGCGGCGCGGAGGGGACAAUUGGAGCCACCACACGGAAGAGCUGCUCGUUGGCCUGGAUUUUCCCCAGCUUCAGCCCGUGGCCGCCUCGCUCGAUGCUGUACAAUCACUUUAAUGAGGUGCAAUUGCAAAACAAAACAACAAAAAACGCUGGGCCUUUGCCGUGGGGAAACAUCUAUUGGGUAAUGCUCGCCUCCAAAAAGCCUAUCUCCAAGGCUUGUGGAAUACGAUGAGUAUUUCCUUGCGGUUCGUGAUGGUUUGCUUUGUUGUUUUACUGAAGUUAAAGGUAAGAGAAACUGUCUUAAUGAUGCUCUUCCCCUGUGUUGCCUGGUGUGAGGGCCCCUGUGUACUUUGGCAGUGUACUUUGUGAUAUUGGUGGAAAUCAUUCUUUGCUUUGGUCUCUUUUUGGCAAAAUAGAAAGCCUAGGCCAGCUACGAGGCACAGAAGUGUGUUGCUCAGUUGAAAUAAAUCACAUCUUUUCUAUGUUACAAAUAGCAUUUGUAGUCACAUACACUUGCGAUCAUGGGUAUUUAAAGGGUUUUUGAAUGAGAAGUACCUCAAGGACUCUCUCUCUUACUUUUAGAAUAACAAAUCAUGGUCAUUAGCCCCUUGACUGUGGGAUGUUCUUAUUGCUAAUGAUGUUUCCAUCGGUUGUCCUGGUAGAAGAGGUUGAGCUGGUUUUGAAAUCCUUGACCUGGGGUUGAUGGUGCCCACAGCAAGUAAGCUGGAGCUUAGAUCUGGUUUAAAUGCCGUGUGUCUUGCAGCUGAGAUGGGAAGGUAGUGUCUAGGUUCUGUCCUUAGACCCCAUGCCUUGAGCUCGUGCUAGUUUUAGAGACAUUAAUGAAGUGUUUUCACAGUGUGAUUUCAGUCGGUUUCUGUGCUCCA